GGCUUCAGACAGACCUCUGGAGAUCAGGGUCAGGCUUCGGCCCCGAUCAAAAUGGAAUCGAGAACAUAAUCGGCUCCACCUUCGGGGAACCACCCUUCUUUUGACAACUAAUAAAAAUCUAUCGGUUACCGUUUUGCGCAGGGGUCACCACGACAAACAUCGAGUAUAAAAACCCAACGCUGAUUUGGAAAAGACAUCAUUCUAUCCUCAACUGCAGGAAUAAUUCAACAACCAUGAAAGUGUUCGCUAUCCUCGCUUUGUUUGUGGCCGUCGCAGUGGCCGAAGACAUGAUGGCUUCUGAAUCUUACCCAGUAGCCUCAUACCACCGUGGACCAUCACACCACGCCGCUUCAUCUGGACACGCUUAUGGUGCCCAUGGUGCUCAAAGUCACGGAUAUGGUGCUCAUGGAGCUUCUCACUAUGGUGAUCACGGACGAUAUGGUGACAGAGCUCAUGCUGCUCACGGACACCACAACAUUGGAGCAUACCGCGCUCACGAUGCUCAUGGAGCUCAAGCUUCCAAUUAUGGAAAAUACAGAAACACCGGAGCUUAUGCUUCAGACAAGGGAACUGGAUACGAAAAGGCUUACGCUUACGACAAGAAAGCUGGUCACCACGCCAUCACCGCUGACCACGGAGCCCAAGCUGCCCACUAUGCCAACAAGGACCGAUCUGCCCACCAUAACCAAGGAGCUUACGCUCGUGCUGGACACGACAGACAUGGAGCUCACAGCAGAUAUGGAGGCAAUGCCUAUGGUGUCAACUCACACGCUAACUCAGCUUAUGGACGAUAUGGUCAAGCUCACGCUCAAAUGGUCCAUCAAGCCCCAGCUGUCCACAGCUACCACCAUGCUCCAGCUGCCCAAAGUUACCAUCACGCCCCAGCACCUGUAUCUCAUGGAUACUCCCGAUAUUAGAAUAAUGAAUUAAUUUAGGCCCUUAUUCCAAUCCCUUACAGUAGACCCUCUUGAUUGACGCACAAAAAAGAAAAAAACAAACUCCUCGUCGAUGUCGAUAAUGAUGACACCUUCUGUAGAAGUUAUUUAUUGAAUGCAUAAUGUGUAUUGUCUGCUAAUAAAUUUAUUUAUUGAAA